AUGACAGCCAUCAACUCAGCGGCAGUCUUCCAUUCCACCAGAGACUUCCUCCUCUUCUCAGCAGCCGUUGGUCUCCCCCUCAACUUCGUCCGCUUCUGCAUCAUGGUCCGACCCACCGCCUUCUUCACAUUCAUCCUCCUCGUCUUCUCCGCCGUCUUCGGCUUCACCAUGAAGCGCCUCCAUCGUCAAGGCGCGCAUCUCAAAGCAACAUUCGCCACGCCCAUCACCGAUCCGCUGAACUGCCUCAUCGCCGAUGUGCUCAUGGGCAUUCUGUCGCUCUUGACGCUUAGUUUCACUUGGACGCAUAACAGGUGGCAGGAUACUGGGGAGACUUUCUUGGUGGCUUACUCGUCGACGCCGCUGAUGUUUAACAUGUUUCUUCAUUUUUAUCUGGCGCUGCUUGUGUUGCUUAGGACUAGUCAGAUGAAGGAUAUUGUGAAGGAGCUCGUGGGAGAUCUUGUAUCGGGCUCGCCUCAGCCUUGUCCGCAUUGUCAUGGUCGACAGGAGUUUCACGAUGGUCAUGAUGAGGAACAGCCGCUGGUGACGCCUCCUGCUGGAGACCAUGAGGAUACGCAUGAGGGCGGCGCAGGUCCUUCGACUGUCUGGAGCCGAUAA